CUCCUGCUGCUGCCCCCCGUGCUGCUCCUCAGCUGCCUUCUCUACCCCUCCCUCAGCAACCUGCGCGGCUCCUCGGGGCGCGCCGCCGCGGACCCCGGCCUCUGCCCCCGGGGGUACUUCAGGCUAGGAGCAGUGAGGAAUUGCUCCCCGUGGCUCUCAUGUGAAGCCAUAAGUAAGGAAGUACGGAAACUCAAGCGUGUUGGCGAAGGAGCCGUGAAAAAGGUCUUUCUUUCUGAGUGGAAGGAAAACAAAGUGGUCCUUUCCCAGCUCACCAGCCCGGAGCUGCAGGAAGACUUUCUCCAUGGACUGAAGAUGCUGAAAGCGCUGCAGAGCAAGCACGUGGUCCGGCUGCUCGGCUACUGCGAGCAGCAGUUCACGAUCCUCACAGAGUACCACCCUCUAGGCUCCCUCCGGGGCCUGAACGAAACUCUGAGCAUCCCCAAGUACAAGGCCUUGAACACCUGGCAUCACAGGCUCAUGCUGGCCGUAGACUACGUGAGCAUCAUUCGGUUCCUGCACAGCAGCCCCUUGGGCACCUUGGUGAUGUGCGACUCUAAUGACCUUGCCAAGGUUCUCUCUCAGUAUCUCCUCACAAGCGACUUCCACGUCCUGGUGAACGAUUUGGAUGCUCUGCCGCUCGUGAACAGGAGCGCGGGCGUCCUGGUGAAGUGUGGUCAUCGCGAGCUCCGAGGCGACUUUGUGGCGCCUGAGCAGCGCUGGCCCCAUGGAGAAGAGGUGCCGUUUGAUGACAACCUCAUGCCCGCCUACGAUGAGAAAACAGACAUAUGGAAAAUCCCCGAUGUCUCCAAUUUUCUCUUGGGCCACGUAGAAGGGAGUGACAUUGUGCGACUGCAUUUGUUUGACAUCCAUGCAGCAUGUAAGAAGAAGGACCCGGCUGAAAGGCCUUCUGCCCAAGAGGUCUUAGACACCUACAGGAAAGUUUUAACUCUCCUUAUUCGGGAGGCUGCCAUGCCCGGUACUAGGGAAAUGUUGUAGUGAAUCAUGGGACAAACACUGGGCUGAAGUUAG